GUCACCGUCACCCCUGGAGAAAUACCCCAGAUCGAGCUACCGGCUCUCCCAUAUUUUCUCCAGUCACGAUGCAUUUCGCAACCCUGGUCAUCGGCCUUUUGGCCUCUCUGGUGUCGACUGUGACGGCGACCGCUCUCACCUACCGGCUCGAGGCUAACGAGAAGGCCUGCUUCUACAACCACAUUGAGGAGGCUAACACGAAGGUGGCUUUCUAUUUUGCUGUUCAAUCUGGCGGCUCCUUCGAUGUUGAUUACGCCGUGUCCGGGCCCGGUGACAAGAUGAUCUUGGAGGGAACGAAGGAGCGACAGGGCGAUUUUGUCUUUUCGGCUCAGAGUGUUGGAGAGUACAAGUUCUGCUUCAAUAACGAAAUGUCGACCUUUGCUGAGAAGCUUGUGGACUUUGAGAUCGCGGUUGAGAACGAAGAGCGCGCGCAGCUUCCCUCGCGCCAGGGCGCCAGCCCCGAGCAGGCGUCGGCGCUCGAGGAAUCCAUCUUCAAGCUGUCCGCGCAGCUGUCCACCAUCUCGCGAAACCAGAAGUACUUCCGCACGCGCGAGAACCGGAACUUCAGCACGGUGCGGAGCACGGAGCGGAGAAUUUGGAACUUUAGCGUUAUCGAGAGCUUGAUGAUGGUGUCUAUGGCGGGGUUGCAGGUCUUUGUUGUCCGGUUCUUCUUCCAGGGUGCUCGCAAAGGCUACGUUUGAUGAGUAUGCAUGAUUAUCAUUAUUAGUAUUAUUAUCAUUUUCAUUAUCCCAUGUCCCGCUUGUUCUUCUGGAUUGUGGCGUCUUGCAAGCAUUGUAUCUAUCCACCUACCUACCUACCUACUACACCAUUUCAUAUAAGACAAGAUUAUUAGAGAA